GGCCAGGGCGUCGCCAUCUUUAUGAGGAGAACUCUAGCGGCGCUUUCUCCCGCUCUCGCCUCCGCGCUAGCGCCCUGCUGCUUCGGGGCGGAAGUAGCGGAGCCGGGCUCGGCCCCCUUAAAGGGACAGGGACUGCUGCAACCUACGGGGUGUACUUGGGAACGAGGGGUGAAGCGGCCCAGGUGAGGAGCUGUGUGUGGGGGACUCAAGUCCUGAGCUCGGAGGCAUUUUCUGGCCAGGGCUGUUUCCUCCCUUCUCCCCUGCCUCUGGAAAAGUCUGCAGUGCCCCAAGGCUCUGGGAGGCAUGUUCAGGACUGCAGCAGCCAUCUCUGUGCACCUGGUGGGGCCCCUUCAGGGAAGGAAGGCUGGAGCCCCACUCACUCGGUUCUUGCACCAGACUCUCGCCAUGGCCAAACAGCUGCAGGCCCGAAGGCUAGACGGGAUCGACUACAACCCCUGGGUGGAGUUUGUGAAACUGGCCAGUGAGCAUGACGUCGUGAACUUGGGCCAGGGCUUCCCGGAUUUCCCACCACCAGAAUUUGCCGUGGAAGCCUUUCAGCACGCUGUCAGUGGAGACUUCAUGCUCAACCAGUACACCAAGACAUUUGGUUACCCACCACUGACGAAGAUCCUGGCAAGUUUCUUUGGGAAGCUGCUGGGUCAGGAGAUAGACCCGCUCAGGAAUGUGCUGGUGACUGUUGGUGGCUAUGGGGCCCUGUUCACAGCCUUCCAGGCCCUGGUGGACGAAGGAGACGAGGUCAUCAUCAUCGAACCCUUUUUUGACUGCUACGAGCCCAUGACAAUGAUGGCAGGGGGUCAUCCUGUGUUUGUGCCCCUGAAGCCGGGUCCCAUCCAGAAUGGAGAACUGGGUUCCAGCAGCAACUGGCAGCUGGACCCCAUGGAGCUGGCCAGCAAAUUCACAUCACGCACCAAAGCCCUGGUCCUCAACACCCCCAACAACCCCCUGGGCAAGGUGUUCUCCAGGGAAGAGCUGGAGCUGGUGGCCAGCCUGUGCCAGCAGCAUGACGUGGUGUGUAUCACUGAUGAAGUCUACCAGUGGAUGGUCUACGACGGGCACCAGCACAUCAGCAUUGCCAGCCUCCCUGGCAUGUGGGAACGGACCCUGACCAUCGGCAGCGCCGGCAAGACCUUCAGCGCCACUGGCUGGAAGGUGGGCUGGGUCCUGGGUCCAGAUCACAUCAUGAAGCACCUGCGGACCGUGCACCAGAACUCCGUCUUCCACUGCCCCACGCAGAGCCAGGCUGCAGUAGCCGAGAGCUUUGAGCGGGAGCAGCUGCUCUUCCGCCAACCCAGCAGCUACUUUGUGCAGUUCCCACAGGCCAUGCAGCGCUGCCGUGACCACAUGAUACAUAGCCUACAGUCAGUGGGCCUGAAGCCCAUCAUCCCUCAGGGCAGCUACUUCCUCAUCACAGACAUCUCAGACUUCAAGAGGAAGAUGCCUGACUUGCCUGGAGCUGUGGAUGAGCCCUAUGACAGACGCUUCGUCAAGUGGAUGAUCAAGAACAAGAGGGGGGCUCCGAGCCAUCCAAAAUUCAGCACGGUACCCGCGAUGCCGCCCAUUUGGACACCUAUUCUGCCCAACCUACUCCAGCCCGCGUGCCCCUGCAGCCCGUCAAGCGCCCAGGCCACGCCCCUGGGCGACAUUGGCUCUCCGAUUGGACAGCUUAAUGGAGGUGUGGCCGGAAGAGGCGAGUCUCAUUGGCAGAGGCGGGACCGACGGUGUGUGCGGAACAUGGCGGAGCGCGGCAGGAAGCGGCCGUGCGGCCCGGGUGAACACGGCCAAAGGAUUGAGUGGCGAAAAUGGAAGCAACAGAAGAAAGAGGAGAAAAAAAAAUGGAAGGAUCUCAAGCUGAUGAAAAAACUGGAGCGGCAGCGGGCACAGGAGGAACAGGCAAAGCGCCAGGAAGAGGAGGAGGCAGCGGCAGAGAAGGAGGACCGCGGGCGGCCCUACACACUGAGCGUAGCCCUGCCGGGCUCCAUCCUGGACAAUGCUCAGUCGCCGGAGCUUCGCACCUACUUGGCCGGUCAGAUUGCCAGAGCCUGUGCCAUCUUCUGUGUGGAUGAGAUCGUGGUGUUUGAUGAGGAGGGCCAGGAUGCCAAGACUGUGGAGGGGGAAUUCACAGGAGUUGGGAAGAAGGGGCAGGCGUGCGUACAGCUGGCCCGGAUCCUGCAGUACCUGGAGUGUCCACAGUACCUGAGGAAGGCGUUCUUCCCCAAGCACCAGGAUCUACAGUUUGCAGGGCUCCUGAACCCCCUGGACAGCCCCCACCACAUGCGUCAGGAUGAGGAAUCCGAGUUCCGAGAGGGCAUCGUGGUGGAUCGGCCCACCCGGCCAGGCCACGGCUCCUUUGUCAACUGUGGCAUGAAAAAGGAGGUGAAGAUUGACAAGAACCUGGAGCCCGGGCUUCGGGUGACCGUGCGACUGAACCAGCAGCAGCUCCCAGACUCUGUUACCCCUCCAGACUGCAAGACCUACCAUGGCAAAGUGGUAUCAUCACAGGACCCUCGCACCAAAGCUGGUCUCUACUGGGGCUACACCGUCCGACUGGCUUCCUGCCUCAGUGCUGUGUUUGCUGAGGCCCCCUUCCAGGAUGGGUAUGACCUGACCAUCGGGACAUCAGAGCGCGGCUCAGAUGUGGCCUCUGCCCAGCUUCCCAACUUCAGGGUCUGGAAGCUGGAGCGGAUGCUGACCCCAACCUGGAGGUGGCUGAACCCAGUGUCCUCUUUGACCUGUACGUCAAUACCUGUCCUGGCCAGGGUAGCCGUACCAUCCGCACGGAGGAAGCCAUCCUCAUCUCCCUGGCCGCCCUGCAGCCUGGCCUCACCCAGGCGGGUGCCCGGCACACCUGAAAGUUCUAAGGGGCCCAGGACAUCAGUGAAGCAGCAGCGAAACCAGGGACUCUGCAGGUCACUUGGGACGGACGCCACCAGACUUGUCUCCAAAAAUCACCACCUUUAAUACUCCCCGGCCUGCACACACCCACAGUCUCACUGGGCUCCACCCUCACUUACUGCCCGCCGUGAUGGCCUUGAGGCUGCCUGCCCGUGCCAGGAUGUUUGGCACAAAGAGCAGCCCCGAAGCCCGCUCAAUGCUCUCGAUGGGCACCAGGAAGCGCUCCAGUGGGAUGGCCUCAUCCACAGGUGCGUUGGGCAUCACGUAGGCGCGGAGCUCAAUUUGCCCACCUGCUGCCUCCAGGAUCAGCACCUUGAAGAAGUGUGUGGGCACUGCCACGUGGUUCUUGCCGAUGACCUGGUACUUUACGUAGGAUUUCCCAUCAGCCUCUGUCCUGUGGGCAGACCCAGGCACACGUGGGCAGGGGGCCUGGAUGAACCCAAAGCCACCUCUUCCAGGCAGCCUUCCCUGAUCUGUCCUCUAACUUCUGUCAACCUGCAGGACCACUCCCUCACUGUGAGACUUCUGUAGCCUGCCUGGCUCCUCCUUGAGGCUGGAACUCUCUCCAGGGUGGUUAACUCUUUCCCUCUGUUUUCCUUAUGCCCAACACUGGGUCAGGCAGAGUGGGCGACAAUAAACGCUGCUAGAAGAA